AUUACCACACACCAAUCUUCGGCAUUUCGGUAAUUAAAGCCAAAAGAGCCCUAUGUUAAUAUUCCAACUCCCAACCAAAAAAAUCCAAAGUCCCCCGAAAAGAGCGACAAGAAGGUUAUCAGAAAAAAAAAAAAAACAAAAAAGAUGAACAAGAAGCUUUUUAUUUGUUUUUCCCUCGUUAGUGGGCAUCAUUGGUAGAAAAGAAAAAUGACUGCGAUCCCACCGGUGGCGGCGACGGCAUCUGGACUAGGAGUGGGGCAGCAAAUCUCGGCGUCAAUGGUGAACUCGUUUCGAGUGGCUGCAGUGGCUGAGCGAUUGGCUACUCAUACUCAGCCCGGUCGACAGCCUCAAAACUCGGAGUUCUUCAGCCUCUGCCUCUCUCUAGCCAGAGGCAUUGAUUAUGCAAUUGCCAACAAUGAGGUUCCUGCCAAAGCGAAAGAGUUACCUUUAUUGUUGAAACAGAUAUGCCAACGCAGAAAUGAUCUCUUCUUGCAAGCGGCUAUUAUGGUGUUGAUGAUAUCAGUAAAGAAUGCCUGUAAGAUGAGCUGGUUUUCGGAUAAAGAGAGUCAAGAACUUUUUGCUCUUGCUAAUGAGGUGGGCAGUUGCUUUUGCAGCCCAGGAGAUAUUAACAAUGGAUUAGAUGGUUCACUGUCAACUAUUUUGGCAGUUAUGUCAAGGUUCUAUCCAUUAAUGAAGAUGGGGCAGAUACUUGCUUCUCUUGAAGCUAAGCCUGGAUAUGGGGCACUUGUGAUUGAUUUCCAUAUAUCAAAGAAUGCAACACAUUCUCCUCUUGAGAAAAUUAGGUUAUUUGUAGCUCAAAUAGAUAACAUAGAGACAUCUGCUUGUAUUAUAAGUCCACAACAAGUGAACUUUCUAUUAAACGGAAAGGGGGUGGAGAGAAGAACCAAUGUUUUAAUGGAUAUGGGACCUCAGAUGCCAACAAAUGUGACUGCAAUGUUGAAAUAUGGGACAAAUCUUCUCCAAGCUGUGGGCCGGUUCUGUGGUCAUUACAUCAUAGUGAUUGCCUUCAUGAGUAUGGAGUCAUCACCUGACCCUUCCAUGCUACCAGAUUAUGUUCAGUCUGGUGAUGUUGCACUAGAUUCAGAAGAUUCUGAUAUAAUUGAAGGACCAUCACGGAUAUCACUCAAGUGUCCCAUAAGCCGAACACGCAUCAAAACUCCUGUCAAAGGGCAUGCAUGUAAGCAUCUUCAGUGCUUUGAUUUCAAUAACUAUGUUGACAUAAACUCUAGAAGACCAUCCUGGCGCUGCCCACAUUGCAAUCAGCAUGUAUGCUACACUGACAUCCGUGUUGAUCAAAAUAUGUUUAAGGUGCUGAAAGAUGUAUCAGAGGAUGUGUCUGAUGUGAUUAUCUCUGCGGAUGGAUCAUGGAAAGCUGUGUUGGAUAAUGAUGAUAAUGUAGAUGAGUUGCAUGAUAAGAUUCUUAAUUACCAGAAAGAUGGGUCUGAGCAGCCAGAAUCUGCUAAGGCCGUUCCUAUUGUUCUGGAUCUUACUCAGGAUGAUGACGAGGUAGAUGCAAUGGAUACUAUUGAAAUUGAAGAUAGGAAGCCUGUGGUGGCUAAUCUUCAAAGUCAGUCUGCUGCUCCAAAAUUAACCAUAACACCAGAAUUGACUAACACAGUUGGAGUUAAUCAAAACGUUGCUUCUCAUAUGGAUGAAGAUUUUUGGUCUGGACUUUACUCAAGUCAUGGGUCUGGCAUCUCCACUGCUAGGACAGAUGCCCAAGUUGGUGGCAUAUCUGAGUCUACUCCGUCAAAUUUUACAGUAUCACCCGUGUUUUCUGAUGCUAUUUCUCCGGCACCCAAUCGAACUGAGGCUCGUGGUAAUGCUAAUCUUACAGCACUUGGGAUUCAAAAUCAAGUUUCAGCUGCUAGUAAUUUGCAGUUACAGCAGUCACAAUUGAUAAAUUCAAUGCCAACUCAUGAAUAUGGAACAUUGCAGCACAUACCCAGACAUCUAAACAGAACACCAAUUGCAGUUCAGGCCCUCCCAGCUCUGUCUCAGACACCAACCCUGCAACAGAGAUCAAGAAAUAGUCUGAAUACUUUGAGCACAAAUGGUUCUCCACUUCCUCCCCAGGCCAACAUGUCCAUGGCACCUUCAGUCUCCAGUGACAUGGAGAGGCAGCCACAGUUUUCUAGAUCCCCUGCUAAUCCACAUCAGAGUUGGAAUCAGCAAGAACGUUUAUUUGCUCCUGGUCAGUCAGUUCAACAAGUUGGUGUUGCAGCUUCAAGUCAACUCCCAGGUUCAUACAGAGCAUCUUCUGGGCUUCUUGGUGAAUACCAAAACCCACACCUGCAACAAGCACUGAACCCAAGGGUGUCUCAACCCAGGAGCCCAUCUCCAGGUCUAAUUCGGUCACCAUCGCCUCUACUACGGACACAGACUCAACAAGGAGCUGCACAAGUUGGGUUAGGCUACACAGCAGGCAAUGUGAAUAGCAAUCCUACCAGAUUUAUGGCUGCUGCCCAGAGAGCUACCCAAAUGGCUAGACAGCCCCCAAUGGUGGCAGUUCAAACCCAAUCAUCAAGAGCAGCAUCUUAUUCUGGAAAUGUUGAUGGGAGUAGGGCUUCAGCUGUGGAGCAGAGACUGAACAUGGGUGGAUUAACACCAGCAGCUUCACGAGCUGACACCUCAGCUGAUUUGGUGUCUGAGCAGAAUUGGCGCCCUACAGGCCGAAUGCGAGGAAGUCUCACAGGUCGAGCGUAUUCUGAAGCUCUUAGCCAGUUAAUGAUUCAACCCACCCAAUCAGCACAAGCUGCAAGGCCACAGGCAAAUUUAACCUCUUCACCUAGUGUUCCACCACAUCUGCAGGCGCUUCUCGCAAAUAGCAGGAAUCCAGCUGUCCCUCAAAUGCAAAAUAAUGCAAUAACUGAAACUGCUGGCAUGAAUGGUAGUUCUGUUGUUCUGCCAGAUAGGUCGGGGGGGAUGCGUUAGUGUUGACUUGGUGUGGAAGGGGAAUGAAUAUGAUGAAGCUCUCUAUAUAACAUUAUGGUCAAUUUUGAGUAUCACACAGUCAUUGUACAGUGUCUCCCCGGGCUGUAAAGUGAUUUCAAUUUCGCCUAUACUUGGUUUUGUCACCUGUAUCCGAUAAGGUUUAAGAGCUUGCUCUUAGUUAAUAGUGUUUGUUGUAGACUUGUAUUUUCUUGGUUUAUCAUGUUUGCAUGUUAUGGGGAGAGUGUGUGCUUGUUCCAGUUUUGAUGGCAUUUUUUGUACAACUCCAUCUAGAUUAUGGAUUUGUGAUGCACGAGUUACCAGAGUAUGGAUUUUGGGGCCAGUCUGGG